ACACUACCACAGGCCCCCCCCCCCGCGCCGUGGUAGUGUCCGUUUCCGGCGGGCCGCUAUAUAAAACGGUGCGGGCGGCGCCGCGCUCUCAGCCCGGGACGAGCGGCCGCCAGAAACAUGUCGGGAAGCAAGGAACGCACUUUCAUUGCUGUGAAACCAGAUGGAGUCCAGCGAGGGAUCGUGGGGGAUAUCAUCAAACGCUUUGAACAGAAGGGGUUUAAACUGGUUGCCAUGAAAUUCCUUAAGGCUCCCAAAGCUCUGCUGGAGAAACACUACUGUGAACUUUCCGAUAAGCCGUUCUACACCAAACUGGUGGAGUACAUGAACUCCGGGCCUGUGGUUGCCAUGGUGUGGGAAGGUCUGAAUGUGGUGAAGACUGGCAGGGUGAUGCUGGGCGAGACCAACCCGGCUGACUCCAAGCCUGGCACCAUCCGUGGAGACUUCUGUAUUCAGGUUGGCAGGAACAUCAUCCAUGGCAGUGACUCUGUAUCGAGUGCACAGACGGAGAUCAGCCUUUGGUUCAAGCCAGAGGAGAUUGUGGAGUACAAGAACUGUGCCCAUGACUGGAUCUAUGAGUGAAUCGUUCCAUGGCCACACCGUUCCAUCUUCUCCAUCAUUCCCAACAUGUCGCAGACAUUCGAUUUUGUACCUAUUCCAUGUAUCAUGUGGAGCCCUAAACACUGUGGUGAAUGACCAACCCAAUAAAUGCAGUUAAAACCA